ACAACACCGGCAAACUCCACGGGGCCACUGACUGUGAUUGACUCCGUGAGAGUGUUUUUGUGGAUGAAUACUGGCGACUUUUGGGAGAACAAUCGUUGGGUAAAGCGUCCACUAGUGCGCAAGGAUCCUGGACUGCAUUUCACAACCAGUUAAAGAAAAUACGCCAAUAAUCAAUCGUUUACAGCAGGACAAGUCCGAGCGUUUACCGUAAAUCUCCUAAUACUUGCGCACCUAAAAAAAAUUCACGAGCGCCUGGCUGGACUGUAAUCCUGGAAUCAAGCCUUUCCUCCUCUGCUGAACUUGUCAAGCGAUGGAGCUGUCCUGCGAGUCAGUGAGAUACACUGAAAACAGAAGACCAACAAGCAGCAAGGUAUGUUUCUGUGAACCUCAAAAUCACGAAUUUAGCGUUUAUUGACGAUAGUACUCUGUAAUUUUUUUUACUUCGUUUAGUUUGUGGAGCUCCACGUGCUGUAUGUGCCAGAAGAUCAGUGGGAUGUGAAGCUCAACAAAGUCCCAGCUGAAGCCAUAGAGAGUUUCGUAUCUGCAGGCUUUAUCAGGUGAAACUGCUGCACAUAUUCAGUUUUAUAAAUGUUCUUAUGCUUUGUAAAAAAAAAAAAAAACGAAGAUUCACGAAGAUUUCAGCAUUGACAAGGAGUUAGGGCUUUUAGUGGUGUAUGUGUGGCUGAUGAAAGUCUAAAACAUCUUUUAUUUUUAGCCACAUGAAUUGUAAAUAUGAAUGAUUUCUUUUUCCAUACACAAUCUGUAAAGAUAUGCUAUCAGACAAAAACAAACAAUCUUAUACAGUAUAUCUCUUAAUUGUUGUGCAGGUUCACUGUAUCUUGGAUCAAUAACAUCCAAAUCCUUCAUUUUAAAGUUCAACAAGUUGUAGAUGACAUGAUUACAUGAAUGUACUGCGUUACUUUUUACAUAUAUAAAAAACUUCUAGCCUGUAGAAACUGAAGCUCUAAAAAGUCAAGUCUUUGGAUUUUUUUUAUCCUUGAAAAAGCAGUGUGAAAAUAAUUGUGAAACCUCUAAAUGUUGUGUUGUGUACUCUUAAAUCAAACCUUCUCCCCCUGUGAUGUUAGGGUUUAUCCUGAUAUCACACUGAAAACUCUGAGGAAUGAGCUAGGAGCUCUUCUUGGCGCCGAGAGGAGCAUUGACAAAUUCUCUUUCCUGAAAUGUGUGGGGCGCAGUUUGGCACUGGUGAGUACAGAUGGCCGUUUACUGUGCUUCUUUAUUUUUAUUGCUGGAUGUGUUUCACCAGGCCAACAGCUAAGGCACAAUACAGACAAUUCGAUUUACAGGCUCUCUUUUCAACUGCUACACUAAAGGGUGUAAAAGAUACGCGCGUGGUAAGAGUGAGUGCGUUUUUUUACCGUCCUGUCUGUUACAAUAAACAAAUUCUUUUCUGUCACAGGUCAAGAGCAGACAGGAGCGGGAUCUCAAAGUGAAAACAUUUGCUCCACCGUAUGUAUGUACAAUCCAUUUUUUCAUACUUUCCCACUAAAGUUGUGGACAUUUUCUUUGGCAAAGUUUCUCACAAUUCUGACAAGAAACAAAGUGAUAAAAGCUGAUGGCAAGUAAUAAUAACUUUGUCCUAGAUAUUUUAGAGUAUAAUGGAAAAAAGUAUCUGAGUUUUUUAGUAAUAAAUUAUUUUGAAAAAAAACAGAGGACACUGCUUUUUCUGGAAAUGAUCAGAUGUAAACAGUAUGCUUGAUUUUGUUCUAUUAAUCCCCAAUAAUCCCAUAUUGUCUGCAGGCCUUGCAGCCAGAGCUUUACCUUCUGUCCACAUUGGAGCUUGACAGCAGUGUUUGCUCACAGUCUCUCAGCCUAGACACCAGCAGCAGCUCUCCAGACCACCACACCUAUUACCAUCCUCACAAGGCCUGCAGUCUGCCAACAGGAACAAAAGAGCCCGUUAAAUUCCCCCUCAUUCCCAAGUGUUCCCGUCAGCCUCCCACCCCCAGCCUGGAGGAGGAGGAUGAGGAGGAUGAGGAGCAGGGCUACAGUUCUUCAGAGUCAGAGGGGAAUAAUGAAGAAGAGGGGGUUUCCUCAAAUAAGUUAGGGUGGGCAGAGAAGGGUUGUUGCCCAGUGAAGCCUCAGGCUCAAAGGGCAUCAAAGCCUGUUUCAGAGAAUAAAGGUAAAACUAAAAUUAAACACACGGUGAAGGACCUGGUAUUUGCUGUAGUGGACCCCAAAUUACAAUACUAAUCUGACAAGUUUCUUCAUACAAGCCUGUGGAGCAGAUUCAGCUCAAACGAAGGAGUCACCAGUGAAAGAUGAUAACUGCGGAAAGAAGAAGAUCCAGAACAUCAGGCAGAACAGAGCAACCAGAGAUUCGGGAGCAGCGCCAUCUUUGGAGGACAGGGAUUCAGGCUUCUCCCUCACAGAUGGGUACUGCGCAGCACAACACAUCAAGCUGUAGCAAUACUGAGUGCAACAUCUGUACUCUGUGGUGAAUAGCACUUAUACAAAAAAUUCUGAGGCUUGUUCUGUGUCUGCAGGAUUGGGAAAUCAAAAGAUGCACAAGCACCCAUGUCAAUUAGGAAUCAGUCUACAAGUGGAGUAAGUAGUCCUACAGAGGUUUUCUAGUAUUGUGAUUUCAACAAUAUUCACUUCCAGCAGGUGGCUGUAGUGGAGUGUUUCAAGUCUUUGAAAUACACAAAGAACUGCAAGUCUAUGAAAUCUCCUCAAACAAAGACUCAUAUUGUUGUAUUUAUUGCUUGUUAGGAAGUGACAGAAAGUCCAGCUGUGUUGUCUUGGCCGGUUCGUUGCACCUCCCCACCUCCAGAUCUAGUCCUGGCAAAGGUUACUCAAAAGAAGUCGUCUACCUCCCCCAUUUUCCCAACAAACAGUACGAGAUCCUCAGACACCCUCAUCCAGUGUCCUUUUCCUGACUUUUAUCUUUUGUCAGUGAAGUGACUGUUGUUGUUUUUUUGUUGUUGUUAGGAGAAGAGCUGAUUGAGGAGAUCAGGCUGGUGAGGGAGGAGAGAAAGCAGCUGGAGUGGACCAGACAAGAGUUACUUAGAAAAGGGAAGGAUUUGUUGGCUCAGAAUAGACACCGUAGGAACCAAGGUGGGAAAAAUACUGCCAAGCUAUCAUUUCAUAGGGAUCACUUUCGUUUUUUAUAUUACCAACAGCCUGCUAGAAGGAUUUUCAGUAGUGUUUAAUUCAUUCGCUCUUCCUUCCCUUUAACGUCAAGCCCGUGACAGUUGGAAGAAGAAAUAUUUUGAAACUAAGAAGGCCACUGCACCACUGGAGGAAAAUCUGAGAAACUUGCGGCAAGAGUUGGAGACGUUUUACAACAAACUCUUGCACCAGCUUCAGGCCAGAGACAGCAGAGGGAAAACAGGGCGACAAGGCAGACCAUCAGUGAGGGUAAAGUAAAACUCAGUUACAACUUUUAUUCAAAGUUUGACAAUCCAGUUGAGUUUUUCAGUACAAAAAAUAACUUGCUUGAUACUUUAAGUUGUGAUAUUGCCUGUUUACAGGAUGCAUUUUGAUCGUAACAGAAAAACUAGUGGAAUCAGUAUUAGGGUAAAAGUCUACGCUCUUAGUUUUUAAAGCUCUGAAGCCUUUUCAGUGACUGAAUGGAAGAUCCUGAUUUUUCAGAAUGAGCUCAUCAUACAGAUCAUGACGGAGAGCUAUGAGAUUGACAACCUGAAGAGGAAAAUUGAAGAUGCCAAGAUGAAGCUGGUGACAGAGAUCAAGGUAAAUGAUUUUUCCGUACAAACUUGGAACAUCAAUGGACUUACACAGCAAAGCAAGUUUUCAACUGAGCUCAAGAUUAAAUGAGACUUAACCCAUUAUUUACUUUCAACUGUACAUCACAUCAUUUAAAAAUGUUAAGUUUAACUCGUGUCACACAACUUUUUCUCUUGUAGUUGAGGAAGCAGGCAGCCACAGAGCUGAGGGCUUUGAAGGCUGAGCUCGCCCAGAAGAAGAGUCAGUCAUCUCACCCUACUCACAUGACCUGCCUAAGCUUGGGAGACACUAGAUGGGAAAGACCACAAGUUCAGAGCACAUCCAGCUAAUCAACACGACCAUGGACAAGGCAGUCUGACCGUUAUUAUGCUGGAAUGGAUGAAUUUUGUUUUACAUAUGAGAUUUUACAGAUUUGAUUUUGUGCUUGCUAUGCUGCAUUGCAUUAAACCUAAUAUACUGACUUGA